CAAUGAUGUACUUUUUAUUCCCCUGAUAUUACUCCUUUGCAGAUACUGCAUCAUGCUACCUCCGGGGUUGUGCUCACGUAGACAUCAAAUCCGCUUCAAUUUUGCACGGAUUUCGUAGAAUUACUUACCUGUUAGCAAGGUGGAAGGGACAUAAGUACCCUCUUAGGGGUGCAACCUGACCGUAAAAUGGAAGUGAUAUUCAUAUGAAACUGAAAGAUCUCAGAAUCAAGAUGGUUGGCUCCUCAUCACCAUCGACAACUGUCAGCCUGGCGGACAACAUCUCCAGAACUACAAGCCGUCGAAAGACCCGUGACAGCUGCGACGGCUGUGCCAAGUCCAAGGUGCGCUGUGGAAAACAGCAUCCUAGAUGUGAUCGCUGCGUGGCGAGGAAGCAAGCUUGCAAUUACGGGCUCAUUCGACCGAAGGGACGACCACGACUCUCUCAUCGCUCACCUAGCCUCCCUGCUGUGAAAUCUCAACCCUGCUCGCCAGACCCGUGUAUUGAUCUGGACCUGCUCUCUACGUCUUACGAUCCCGAACCAACAGCAGACAGUCAUAUCUACUGCUCGCCAGAAACCAAAAUCACAUCUACAACAAGUCAUUCAUCCUGUGAUAUCCAAAAUCUGGAUGACUGGAAAUUCCUGGAUCACGAGCUCAACCUCCCGUUUGACAUAACCACACCUCAGUCGACCCUCACUUCAGAAACUGUGCAGUCAGACAACCAGAUGGACUCAGUACUAAGCCCCACCUUAUCUUUACUACACUCCUCACGCGCAUCUUCCCCUUGCUCAAGCGACACCACUUGGCACGUCUCCACUUGUCUCCCAAUGAUCGUGGAGACACUGGGAAGACUUGAUUAUCCGCUCGAGUAUUAUAUCCGACAAGUGGAUGUGUCUCAAUUGCUCAGCCUUGAUACAGUCCUACGACUCAAUGAAGACGCUUUGAGCAACUUUUCUGCGGUGCUAGAGUGCCAUUGCCGCGUCGCAUCUCUUUUUGCCCCGUCGAUCGCCGAAGCAAUAACUAAGAUCCUCACUUGGUAUGCUGGAAUUAUCAGCGACUGCAAAGUCUUUAGUUCUCAUUCAAGUUGCACAUUUGUGGAGUUCCCUCCAAUCAAGAUCGGAGAGUUCGAACUGAGCAAGAGUGAUUCUAAACGGAUGGUGAUCCAGGUAGUAAUGACUGGAUUGAACAAAGUACAAGCGCUGGUGCAAAUAUUCGCUUGCCGAUACUGUCGCCACGAAGACCUCGCAAAUGACAAUUCAAUGUCGGUCUGUCUCGCCUUAGAGGCACGAUUGCGAGGGGAAUUGAAUGAUAUCAGAAACUAUGCGGUGUUGGCAAUGGCUGGUUAGGCUGGCUUUGGUUGCAUAGCGAGUGCAUCUGGGUUGUCCUUAGUGCUACCCCGUACAAUGUGUACAUCUGAGAUAAAGGUAGAAAUUACAUACAAUAUUACUGUGCAAUCGUCAGGAAAUUAAGGAAUCGUACAAUCUUCGAUCUUGGCGCGUUGC